UCUCGCGAGAUCGGACGGAAGCCUGUGGGAGCCCGUGGCCUUUAAAGUGCGGUUCAGCCCUUUCCUCCGGGGGUAGUUUGUAAACAGUCGUGGGUGCAGGAGCUCGUGGUCACGGCCCCCGCAUUCGGGGGUGGCGCGCGAGCCAGGGGAGCGGGGAAGUAUCCUUGCCAUGAAAAGUGGAUGCGAUAAGUUGUUUGCCUUAUGAAAUUCAAGUUACACGUGAAUUCUGCCAGGCAGUUCAAGGACCUGUGGAAUAUGAGUGAUGACAAACCCUUUCUAUGCACUGCCCCUGGAUGUGGCCAGCGUUUUACCAACGAGGAUCAUUUGGCUGUCCAUAAACAUAAACAUGAGAUGACACUGAAAUUUGGUCCAGCUCGUAAUGACAGUGUCAUUGUGGCUGAUCAGACACCAACACCAACACGAUUCUUGAAGAACUGUGAAGAAGUGGGUUUGUUCAAUGAGCUAGCAAGUCCAUUUGAAAAUGAAUUCAAAAAAGCCUCAGAAGAUGACAUUAAAAAAAUGCCUCUAGAUUUAUCCCCUCUUGCAACGCCCAUCAUAAGAAGCAAAAUUGAAGAGCCUUCUGCUGUCGAGACAUCUCACCAGGAUAGUCCUUUACCUCACCCAGAAUCUACUACCAGUGACGAAAAGGAAGUAUCAUUGCCACAGACUGCACAGCCCACAUCAACUAUAGUUCGUCCAGCAUCUCUACAGGUUCCCAAUGUACUGCUUACAAGUUCAGACUCAAGUGUCAUAAUUCAGCAGGCAGUACCCUCUCCAACAUCAAGUACUGUCAUCACCCAGGCUCCUUCCUCCAAUAGGCCAAUAGUUCCUGUACCGGGUCCUUUUCCUCUAUUGUUACAUCUUCCCAAUGGACAGACUAUGCCCGUUGCCAUUCCUGCCUCAAUUACAAAUUCUAAUGUACAUGUUCCUGCUGCAGUUCCACUUGUUAGACCUGUCACCAUGGUGCCUAGUAUCCCAGGAAUCCCAGGUCCUUCUUCCCCACAACCAGUGCAGUCAGAGGCUAAAAUGAGAUUAAAAGCUGCUUUGACUCAGCAACAUCCUCAGGUAACAAAUGGAGAUACAGUCAAGGGACAUGCAAGUGGAUUGGGUAGGACUCAGUCAGAAGAAUCUCGAGCACAGUCACUACAACAGCCUGCUACAUCCACUACAGAAACGCCGGCUUCUCCAGCUCACCCAACCCCACAGACACAAAAUACAGGUGGGCGUAGAAGAAGAGCAGCUAAUGAAGACCCAGAUGAAAAAAGGAGGAAGUUUCUGGAGCGAAAUAGAGCAGCAGCUUCAAGAUGCCGGCAAAAAAGGAAAGUCUGGGUUCAGUCUUUGGAAAAGAAAGCGGAAGACUUGAGUUCAUUGAAUGGCCAAUUGCAGAGUGAAGUCACCCUGCUGAGAAAUGAAGUAGCACAGCUGAAGCAGCUUCUUCUGGCUCAUAAAGAUUGCCCCGUGACCGCCAUGCAGAAGAAAUCUGGCUAUCAUGCUGCUGAUAAAGAUGAUAGUUCAGAAGACAUUUCAGUGCCAAGUAGCCCCCAUCCUGAAGCGAUACAGCACAGUUCCGUCAGCACUUCCAAUGGAGUGAGUUCAACUUCCAAGGCAGAAGCUGUAGCCACUUCAGUCCUUACCCAGAUGGCGGACCAGAGUACAGAGCCAGCACUUUCACAGAUUGUAAUGGCUCCUCCUUCUCAAUCACAGCCCUCAGGAAGUUGAUUAAAAAUCUGGAUUGCAACAGUUUUAGAUAUUAAUGACUUUAAAGGGAAAUCAAGGAAAGACCAGUCUCCAUUUAGGAGAAAUCUGUAGUUGUAAAAAUUAUUAAUUUUUUUUUAAAUUGAAAUUAAAUUUGGCUCUAAAGAUUGCGAUAUGGGCAGAUGAAGAUAAGACUGAGCAAGUUUCUAGUCUCUGUGGAAAAGACUUUUCUUUUUUAUAAAUAUUGUUAGAUUUAAUAGUUCUUUUCUGUGCUCAAUGUGUAAAGUGUGUGUAUAGUACAAUGUGAUUUAUUUCACUUUUAAUUUGAUGUUAUUAUUUUAACAAAUAUGGGGAUAUUACUAAAUCUCCCUUUCCACUUCCCUAUUCCUCCCUAACUAUCCUUUACCCUUCAACUGUGAUGGUAGUAUUGUUAUGUCAUUUAUACCAAAGUUCUGCAUAGUCCCUACUGACUUUGUGAUAUUAACAAGGUCAUAAAGCACUAGGCAAGAGAAAGAUAGUAACGGUAAAUUUGCUUUGAAUCUUUUUGCCUUUUUUUAUUUUGCACAUUGUGAGAGGAAGAACUGUGGGAGAAAACAUUUGCUUUAUAUCAUAUUGUGGGGCUUUAUUUGGCUUUUAAGCUUUUUUUAAUGUCAGUAUGGUAUAAGACAUACAGUACCUUUUUAUGCACAUUCUUAAACUAGAUCAGGGUCAUGAGUAAAAAAAAUGGGUUUGUUUUGUUUGUUUUUUUUUU